GUCGUGACUGUCCACCGUCUACCCAGACCAUACGACUGCACAUUCCCUCUGUAUGUAAUAACAGAGAGUUUAUAUAUGUAUGACGACCAGACUGUCACAACUUUCCAAGUUUCAAGGAAUUUGGUUUAAUGAAAGUAUGCGCGCUCCCGCCAAAGCGCAGCAUCAGCACCACUAUCUCGCGCGCGCGCCCGCAUCUAACGAUCGAGUCUAUCGCCAUCCCGGCCGAGAGAGUUAAAGUUGGCCGAAAGGACGGAUAAACGAUGCUGUACUGUCCGGUGACGAGGAGAGGAUAACAUUUGAUUUACUCAUCUAAUAGCGACUCCAUAUCCCGGAGAGGAUGGCUAUCAAAAUUCUUGCCCCAAGCCUUUUACUCUUUCUCGCCUUUCAGCAUUGCUCAUCACGGCCAUGCUUAGAUUCGCUGAUCUCUCCGCUCUACGCUUCCUCUUUCCAUGCUUCCUCCAGAUAUAACUUUUUUUACUCUGCACACUUUGCCAAACUGUAUGGGAGCAGCGGCUGGUCUCCGUCCCCUCGGGACAGGCAGCCAUGGAUGCAGAUUGACUUGGGGAGGAAGUAUCGUAUUAUGGCCAUUGCUACUCAGGGUACCUUCAACUCUUAUGACUGGGUCACCAAAUACAUGCUGCUGUACGGGGACCGAUUUGACGCAUGGACUCCAUACGUCAUGAAAGGAGGCAACAUGACGUUGCCUGGCAACUGGAAUUACUACCAGGUGAAGAGGAACGUCUUUCAUUAUGCGUUCACUGCCAAACAUCUGCGCAUCUAUCCCAUGGGCUGGAAUACUGAGAACGGAGGAAAGAUCGGCCUUCGCGUAGAGUUCUACGGCUGUCCUUACGACUCAUAUGUGAUGCAGUUUGAGGGGGAUGACAUGGUGGCGUAUUCAUUCCCACGGGGCAGGAUGAGGACUCUUCAGGACCACUACGCUUUAAACUUUAAGACUUUGGAGAAGGAUGGUAUUCUCCUGCACAGUGAAGGUUUGCAGGGAGACUCCAUCACUCUAGAGCUGAAGACUGGGCGCCUCUACUUACAUAUCAGCUUGGGGAGUAGCACUGUCCAUAACACCAAUGGGAUGACCACAAUGAUGCUGGGAAACCUGCUGGACACUCAGCACUGGCACUACGUCACCGUCAAGCGCUACGGACGAGAGGUUAACUUCACCUUGGACAGCCAGACUGAGACUGCUGUCCUCAACGGAGAGUUCCAGUACCUUGAUCUGGACAAACAGAUUUAUGUUGGCGGCGUGAUUGAGAAAGACGUGCCCCAUCUGCCCGGUAAGUUUAACUUCCGUGGCUGCAUGGAAAACGUCUUUAUCAAUGGAAUCAAUGUCAUCUACAAGACACAGUACCAGGAGCCUGAAAUACGACUAGCUCCUAAAAAGAAAAAGAUGCAUUAUACUUGCCGUGAUCUCCUCUGGAAGCCCAUGACCUUUGCAGGACCCAACAACUACCUGCAGCUGCCCGGCUUCUUCCGGAAGAACCGUCUGGCAGUGAAGUUUAAGUUUCGCUCAUGGGACUACACAGGGUUACUGAUGUUCACCAGGUUUGCAGAUGAGUUGGGCUCUCUGGAGCUGGGCCUCAGCGAAGGACAAGUCAAUGUCACUCUAAUGCAGCCUGGAAACAAGAGAUUACGUUUCGCUGCAGGGUACCGUCUCAAUGACGGCUUCUGGCACACAGUAGACCUGACCGCCAAAGACAACUUAUUAACUAUCACUAUAGAUGAAGAUGAAAGCUCACCACUGAAGAUCACCAACCCCUUCAUGGUUCGUACAGGAGACCGCUACUUCUUUGGUGGUUGUCCUAAGACCAAUAACACGGCACGCUGUGUGACCAAGCUGUCUCGCUUCCAUGGCUGCAUGCAGCAGAUCUUUAUAGAUGAUGAGCCGGUGGAUAUAGAUGUCAUGCUGCAGAGGAAAUGGGGCAGAUAUGCUGAAAUCCUGCUGGGCACCUGCGGAAUCACUGAUAGGUGCAGUCCAAACCCUUGUGAACAUGAAGGCAGGUGUAUUCAGUCCUGGAAUGACUUCCUGUGUGUGUGUAACAACACCGGCUACAAGGGGGAAGUUUGUCAUAACUCGGUCUACAGGGAGUCAUGUGAGGCCUACAGGCUGAAUGGGAAGUACUGGUCAGGCAACUACACCAUAGAUCCAGAUCUGAGCGGACCACUGAAGCCUUUCACGGUCUACUGCAAUAUGAUGCAAAAAUCAUGGACCGUUAUUGAGCACAACCGCAUGAAAAGCACCAAAGUGAGCGGCUCCACCUUGGAUCGACCGUAUAUUGGGGACCUCCAGUAUGUAAAUGCAUCGUGGGAUGAAGUCACUGCCCUAGCAAACACGUCUUUAUACUGCGAACAGUGGAUUGAGUUCUCAUGCUACAAGUCACGCCUCCUCAAUACUCCACAUGGGCGGCCUUACACUUACUGGAUUGGUCGGCAUAAUGAGAGUCAUGAAUACUGGGGAGGAGCUUUCCCUGAAAGUGGGAAAUGUGGAUGUGCUGUCAAUCAAACAUGUACUGACUCCAAGUACUGGUGCAACUGUGACGCAGACUAUCGCCAAUGGCACUCCGAUAAGGGAUACCUGUCGUUCCGAGACCACCUGCCUGUCAGGAGGAUUCUCAUAGGAGACACUAACCGCACCGGUUCAGAAGCGCGCUACAGUGUUGGGGCACUGUACUGCCAUGGAGACAGGAGUAUCUGGAACACUAUAGCUUUCAGCAAGCCCACCUAUCUGGCGUUCCCCACCUUCAAGCCCGGCACCAGUGCCGACAUCACGUUCCACUUCAGGACCUACCGAACUAACGGAGUGUUUGUAGAAAGCUCAGAUGACCACCUGCGUAAUUUCUUACGAAUUGAACUCAAUUCUACAACUGAGGUGGUUUUCAUAUUUAUGGUGGGUGAUGGGAUUAGAAACGUGACCCUGCGCUCUCCUAAACCUCUCAAUGAUAAUGAAUGGCACUAUGUAGAAGCUGAAAUCAAUGUGAAAUUGGCACGUCUCAAGGUUGAUUUCCUGCCUCCGGCCAUUCACAAGUUUCCAGGCCAAACCUACAUCACUAUGAUGUUCACACAACCCCUGCUCGUAGGGGCAGCCAAUCACACCUUAAGGCCUUUUCUGGGUUGUCUGCGUGGGCUGAGGAUGAACGGGGUGCCCAUGGAUUUGGAGGGAAAGGUUGACGAGAGGGCUGGCAUACGUAGGAACUGCACCGGAGCGUGUCUGAAUGUCUCCAUACCAUGUCGAAACGGAGGCCAGUGCAUUGAUGGCUACGCUUCUUACGCCUGUGACUGCAAUAACACAGCCUUCGACGGCUAUUACUGUCAUUUAGAUAUUGGGGCAUUCUUUGAUGUGGGAGCGUGGUUGCGGUAUGACAUCCGCAAAGAGCCAAUUUCCUUUGACGCAUGGUGGGCGAACUUUUGGAUAGAGCCUCACUGGCACAACUUCACCCUCGGCUACAACACGACAACUGAUGACAUAGAGUUCAGCUUCAGCACUCUACAGGCCCCAGCGGUGCUGCUUUAUAUCAGCUCCUUCAGCAAUGAUUACAUUGCCGUCCUGCUCAAGAAAGAUGGGACUCUUUCGCUGAGAUAUCGGCUUGGGAUAAUAAGCUACAAAUUUAAGCUGACUGAUAGAAACAUGGCCGACGGCUUCCCUCAUUUUGUCAACAUCACCCGACACAACUACACCAUAUGGACACAGGUGGAUUACAUGGAUCCAUGGAUUGAGAAGUUAAUACCAGGAGAGAUUCCCAGAUUUGAUUCACCAAAGUCUAUAUUCUUGGGUAGAGUCAUGGAGGUGGGAGGUGUCGACUACGAAAUUCAGAGGCACAACAGUCCUGGUUUUAUGGGCUGUAUAUCAGGGGUCCGAUAUAAUAUUUUUGCUCCCCUGAAGGCUUACUUCCGACCCAAUGUAACCAAUCCACCGGUGACGACUCAAGGCUAUGUGGUGGAGUCUAACUGUGGGGCGUUUCCCCCUGUUUUAGGAUAUGUCCCUUGGGAGGAUGACCCCUGGUUCACUGGUCUGUUCUUUUAUUACAUUCAUGAUGAUGUUACUCCACCUUGGAUGACACUAAUCGUGACAGUGUCUCUGAUGCUGCUCUUCCUGAUCCUGUACGGCCUCUACAUUUACCUGUACAGGUAUAAAGGCAGUUACCACACUAAUGAACCGAAGCAGCUGGAGUCCCCCAGCUCCUCUCGGCCCCUCACUGAUACUCUGCGCAAGGAUAGAAAGAACCUGCCGGAAAUACAGGAGGAAAGUCCCAAUGAAUAACACAAACUGAGGGCUGUCUUGAGGAAAAGAGAGGAGUUCUGGUGAUUAUGAGGGAGGUAAAUGGUGAAGACUGAGGAAUGAGUUGCAAAUGUGAUUUUUUUUUUAUGUAUCUUUUGCCUUUAUGGUAAUGUAACUAUAUUUAUUUUUCUGUCCCAUUAUUUUUACAGUGUAAUCUGACAUUUGGUGCUUUUGGCAGGGUUCAAAAUAAGCAGGCUAGAGACAAUUUACCAUCUGAUCAAUGAGCACUUGCAGUGCAGGCCGACUGAAGUGCCUCAGCAACAUUACAAGAAACUUUGAAAGAUCGAUCCAGGGUUCCCACGGUCAUAGAGAUAUCAGGAAAUAUCAGGGUAUUCAAGAAUUGUGAUUUCCAGGCCUAGAAAACUGUAUUGGAAAUGAUUACAAUCAUGGAAAUGUGUGUUGUAAAUAUACAUUUACAUAGUCAUGCCCAUCACAAUGAUAUUGAUUAAAAAUUAGAUUUUUGUGUGCAAUCUCAGUAAAAUUGUUUUUACAAAAUCAAACGACUGGAAAAGUCAUGAAAAUGGAUAAAAUCUUAAAGUCAUGUUAAUUUCUGUAGUACGUAAUAAACGUCAAACAGAAAUAGGAUCCGAACACAGUAACAUGCAGGGCUUAACACCUCCUCAAUUUUUAUUUUUUAUUUUAUGCUUCAUCGGAGGCAAUAAAAAACAAGUGAAAAGAGCAAAAAGUGUAUAAAAGUGCAAAAUGUUUUCGAGACAAAGCUCUUCCUCAGUGCCACAUCAUGAAUAAAAUCUUAAAGUCAUGUUAAUGUCUGUAGUCUGUAAUAUAGCUCUUUAUAGUUAUGGCCAUCUCAAAAAUAUUUUAUUGGUUACAAAUUCACAAUCACAAUAAAAAUGUUUUCAAAACUGGCUGGAAAACUGGAAAUUGAUAAAAAUCUUAAAAAUAAGAAUUGUUUUGUAGUCAGAAUAAAUCGUUCUAAUUAUGCCCAUACAAUAAAUAAUAUACUGUAAUAAAAAUAUGUAUUAUUGAAAUAAAAUUAAAAUGAAUUGGUGCAACGGUGUGGGAACCCUGUACAUACUAAGUGAAAGUUUUGGCUCAUUAUUGUGUCCUGGCAGAAGUAGUGUGUUUGAUAGUCAUGUUGUUGUGUUCAUGAGAGAAUCUGCACAAAAUGCACAACAACAACCUUAAGAGUACAGUGUUUUGAAAAUGUAGAUAUGUUCACACAUAUCUGUUUUAACAUCGCUAAAACUUCAUUAAUGUAUGGAGGAAUUUGCUCAGACAUAGCUAAUGGUAUACAAGUAUUUAUAUGUGUGUUUUACUACUGUCUAUAAUUGGAUGCAGCGCUUAUAAGAGAUGACGAGUCAAUGACAUUGAAUGGCUUCAGCUUCUUUAGAGCACAAUGACAUUAAUGUGCUGAACAAUAAUGUGUCUGGGGAAAUAUUAUUUCUGUGGCAUAUGAAAAACUGCAGACAGGUGUUUUUGUGAUAGUAGCCAUAUUACAUCUUGCUUGUGAACAGCAUUAUGUGGUAUAAGAUUCAUAAAGAUUAGGAGAUUUUUGUAAAAACCACACAGUAGGCCUCAUGAAACGAGCAGAAGGAAUUCUAGCUCCAUGAAAGAUUUACAGUACAUAGAAAUGUUUCUUGACUGAAGCCUAAUCAGUGCUGUAAUGAACAGGGUGUCUCAGGGUUGGUAACGGUGGUCAUGAUGGCAUGUUCUUCUCACUGCUGCUAUAGCAACACACACCAGCCUUUUCAAGCCGUUCUCAAGACAUUUUGACUCUGAAAUAAAGUUUCAGUUUAUAUUAUACAAACCUAACAGUACACGAAUGAGGGCAGGUAAAAACUGGAUUGUGUUUGAGAGUGUGUCUGAUUAUAAUGAUGCCACAGAUCAGUGACUGAAGUUGAAGCUGUUUUUCUCCUUGUGUCCUUUUCUGUCUUUUCAAGAGAGUUCUUCCUGUGGGCCAAAGCAAAACGAUAUAGUUUCUUAUAACAGAGUAUAAUGGCGUCAUACUUCUGUUCAGUCCACAUCAUAUUCAUGUCACGUGAUUGAUGAUGAAGCAUUUCAGACCAGUGAUUCCCAACAAGGAAUAUUUAGAUUUUAAUGUCAAAUAUAUAUAUAUAUAUAUGAAACCUAUUGGAAUUAAUAUCUUUUUUUUUUCAGUUAUUUUUAAAAAAAAAAAAAGAAUUUUGUAAUGUGUGCAAGUUUUAUAUUUUUGUGGUGUUUUUCGUCCAUAAUUCAGAUUUUUCUUUAAAAAUGACAUCAUGAAUUAAUUUAUAAGUGAUGAUGGGGUAAUUUUGCCUUAUUGAUGGGCCUAUUGGCUACAUAAGAAAAAAAAAACUGUUGUAGUCAGUCUGCACUUUUUAUAGUGUGGAGCUUCUGUGGGCUGAAUGUGUUCACUAGGAGCCUAUAAUCUUGAUCGGAAAAAGGUGAACAAACUGUGUUAGCUUUGGAUCAACAAUAACUGACAGUGACAGAAAUGCUAAAAUUGCAUAUUUAGAAUAUUAGAGGAACAGCAAACUUAAAUGUGUUAUGGUGGUUUGUUACAGAUCUAAUAUCGUAAAUUACAAUCAGUUUGUUAAAGGUAGAUUUUGGACAGAAAUAAUCAUAAAGCAGCUGAUAUUUUUACAUGAGGUCACACAUGAAAGCUUUCUUAGCAUGAAACACUGAGCAGUUCAGCACAAGUCUGAUUAUCGAUGUGUGUCGAGAGGCUUUGUGGAUGAAAGACUCCCAUGUAUAAAGUCAUGGUUUUUAUAAAUUCAUUCAUGCGUUUGCUGUAGGACACCAUUAUUGCUGCUGCUGCUUCAUAGCUGUUUUGAUGGCGGUCUUACCAAGAGCUUAGAGCACUUCCAUCGUCUUUCCAGAUGUAAAAUGAGCUAUUAAAACAAAAGAGCAAAUAAGGUAGAACACAUGUAUUAUCUUUAGAAGCUAUGCAUUUUGCAUGACUACUGCACUUUUCAUCGAAAUGCAAUAAGAAAAAGAAGAAUCCGCUGCUUCCAGUGCCAGGCACAUGUUCUUUAGUCUGUUUCUUUAACAGAGCCAUAACAGAGCUUUUAUCAAAGAGAUCACAAAAUAUUCACCCACAGAUUAUGCUGUUCAUGUAUAUGUAUAAAUAAAGUGUACUUCUCUUUUUAUCAUUCUAAUUUGUAUAAAAAAGGCAGGCACGUGAGAGUAUUUUGAAUAGAUGAGUACUGAAUGAAUAAGUCCAGCUUUAACCUCGUGACCUCUGCCAGGUUUUGUCUUGUUUUUAUUCCUUUCUUAAUGUAUCCCUCAUUCUUUUACUUUUUCCCUUCUAUCGUCCUCUAAACCAGUGGAAUAUGGAUUUUCAAUUCAUUUUAGCUUUGAAGAGUGUCUUGAAUAUGAAGAACGAAAUGCUACUGUAAAGAAAUAUUAAAUUUAACAGGGACAAACACCUCUCAGAGUCUCUUCCUACUUUACAUUUUCUUUAAAAACUAUAUAGUCAUUAAAACACCAAAGUUUGGUAGUUGAUGACGCUCAGACAAAAGUAAAUGUAUGUUCCAGAUGAAUGUUAAUGUGGAAUGAGAAGCGAGCAGAUAGUGUAAAUGACAGUGAUUGAGGGCUGGUACUCGGCACUAGCUUGUGUGAUGCAAGUUUGUAUAAAUGAGGUAUUGCGUGUCGUCUGUGUCAAUACUGCAGCUAAUAGGAGAGUUACCUCAUUGACAGACAUUUGACUGAAUGUUUAAAAACAACGUCAAUUAUCGGCACAUGGAGGCCCAUUUGUUUACUUUGAAGAAACGCAACCUUCACCUCUGUUUUGUAGGGAAUUGUCUUCUUUUUUUUUCUUUUUACAUUUAAUGCAUUUUUCAUGUAAACACACUAAUUCACUGUGAAGUACUUUCUUCAUCUUUUCCAAACACACUGCAUAUAUAAGUCCUGAUUGAACAAAUCUGAAAUCUUGUUAGGCCAUUUAUCUUUUGGAUUAAGAAUUCCACUCUGACUGUCAUGCUGGUGACAAUAGUAGCUGUAUGUAUCUUUUGUGCAAAUAGCCAACUUUGUUAACAUUGGCUGUUUCACGAACUUAACCCACUUUUUCUCAGGCAAUUUAUACAUAGUGCAAAUAACAUUAAUUUUUUUUUAAUUUUUAUUUUUUUACACUUUUUUUGAAUAGCAUCUAUCAGUAUUUGCACUGUAAACAAGUUGCUAUUUAUACUUGGUGCAAACAUACCAUUUAAGUAAAACACCCUUUAAAGGUAUGGGUCAAUAAGAUUUUUUUCAAGGCCGCAUUAAGUUUAUCAAAAGUGACAGUUAAUUAUAUAUAUAUAUAUACUGUAUGUAUGUAUAUGUUUAUAUAUAU